AUGGAUUUGUUUAAUUUAGUCAAAAAUCUUGGUGGCAAUAUUUGUUCAUUGACCAAUUUAACCAAAUACACUUGGUUGGGAAGUUUGUUUAGUUUAGCACAGGAUGGUUACAAAAUCCUCUACUUGUCCAUUGUAGCAAUAAUAAUUUUGAUUGUUACAGUAACAAUUAUUUGCGUCCGAAGAUGUCAACAAAAAGUAUUUUCAUCCAAAGUGACACUAAACCAGGAAGGCAGAUUCAGAAAGAGAGACAAGGCAAUCUACUAUGGCAAAAAAAUGUUGAGAAAGGUGAAAAAUAUCUCGGGGCAAGUCCGGAACUCAGGACAAGGCAAAAAACGAAAAAUGGUCAUGAAAUUUGCUCGGAGAUUGCUUGCAUUGAAAAAGGAAGAACAGGAGCAACUUAAGGUUCUGGAGCCUCCGGUAGAAUAUCUACAAGAAGACACGCUCAGCGAUGAUCGUAUGCCUCCAGACGUCUUGUACAUGUUGCAGAGCAUAAGAGUUUUUGGCCAUUUCGAAAAACCAGUAUUUUUAAAGCUCUGCAAACACACUGAAAUCGUUAAUGUAUGCUCUGGAAGCUACUUGUUUAAAAUCGGCGAUCCUGAUGAAAAUUUUUAUAUUUUACAAAGUGGCAAACUAAACGUUUUUAUAAGCAGUAAUGAGGGGACCACUUCACUCAAAAUCGUCAAACCUGGCGAAAGUGUAACGUCGCUUUUGAGUUUUACUGAUGUUUUAACGGGACAUCCGAAUCCCUAUAAAACAAUUUCAGCUAAAGCCUUAGAGGAUUCCACAGUUGUUAAAUUACCCAUGACGGCCUUCCAGGAUGUAUUCCAUGAAUAUCCAGAUAUUUUUAUUAGGGUUAUGCAAGUUAUCAUGGUCAGAUUGCAGAGGGUCACUUUUACUGCCCUCCAUCAGUAUUUGGGGUUGAGUGCCGAAUUGGUCAGACAGAAUUCCAAACAAAAAAGCCUGUAUUCAUCUCCAUUGAAAAGAAAACGUGAAGACUCGACAUUACACUCUUUGCCUGCUAAAGACGCUUCAUCUUAUGUUUCUAUUGAUCCAAAUGGUGGAUAUGCCUUACCUAGCUCCAGUUCACAUGGUCACAGAAGAACUAGAUCCAGCUUUGAUGGAAAAGCUAUGUCGCCAGGUUGCAAUAAUACUCCUGAUAUGUUGGCAGAUGUCGAAGGAAUGAGACCAGAGGUUACCGAAGCUCCAAGAAAAAGACAUUCUGUCCCAGAAGAUGCAACUGAAGAAGUCCUAAUCAAAAUAGCCAGAGAUGUAUUUAUAACUGAAUUAGGAUUAACUGGCGAAGAAGAAGGGAUUGAUUUGAAUUUGGAAAUUCGAGAAGUAUCUGCUGGCACUUAUUUAAUGAAAGAAGAUUCACAUAAGGAUGUUGCUCUGCUGUAUAUAUUAUCUGGAGCAUUGGUGGUUUCUCAAAAAGUCACUGAUAGCCGUGAAGAAAUUCAUAUGUAUUCCUCGUAUCCUGGAGAGAUAGUCGGUGGGUUAGCUGUAAUAACUGGAGAGCCUAGUUUUUUUACUAUUAGAGCCAAACAUCUUACUAGGAUAGCCGUACUGUCAAAAAAUACCUUUUAUAAUAUUAUGAAGGAAAGACCAAAAGUAGUGCUUUAUAUUGCAAAUCUGGUUGUUAAACGACUAUCUCCAUUUGUAAGGCAAGUGGAUUUUGCUUUGGAUUGGUUGUUUUUAGAAUCUGGUAGAGCUGUGUAUAGACAAGACGAUGACAGUGACUCUACUUACAUAGUAUUAUCUGGACGAUUACGUUCAGUUAUAACAGAUAAAAAUGGUAAAAAGGAGCUGGUUGGAGAGUAUGGUAAAGGAGAUUUAAUUGGAGUAGUUGAAAUGGUUACUCAGACAAAAAGAAGUACCACUGUAAUAGCUGUAAGAGACUCGGAGUUAGCAAAAUUGCCAGAAGGAUUAUUUAACGUAAUUAAGCUUAGAUUUCCAAUUGUAGUUACAAGACUGAUUAAUUUAUUGGGCCAUAGGAUAUUAGGUUCCUGGAAGAAGCCUGCAAUUACAGGCCACAGCCGCGGUUCAACCCUAGACAGCAGACCUUCACAGAUUAACUUCUCUACUGUAGCUAUUGUAGCUGCUUCAGACGAUGUGCCUCUAACGGCGUUUACCUAUGAACUGUACCACUGUUUAACUGCCAUUGGGCCUACUUUACGACUUACUUCCGAUGUCAUGAAGAAAACCUUGGGAAGUACUAUAAUGGAUCCGAACAAUGAGUAUAGGCUGUCGUCUUGGCUUGCACAGCAAGAAGACCAACACAAAAUAUCUCUCUAUCAAUGUGAUUUGUCGGUAUCUGCUUGGACGCAACGGUGCAUUAGACAGGCGGAUUGUAUUUUAAUUGUUGGGUUGGGGGAGAAUCCUCCUUCAUUAGGUAAAGUAGAAAAAGAAUUAGAAAGACUGGCAAUAAGAACUCAAAAAGAACUAGUCCUUUUACAUAAAGAAAAUGGGAAACCGAAGAACACCAUUGGCUGGCUGAAUAUUAGAUCCUGGGUGUCCUCUCAUCAUCAUAUCCUGUGCCCUAACAGAGUGUAUGCUAGAAAAAGUCAAUAUAGAAUAAAUGAAUUAUACUCGAAAGUUUGUGCAACCGAUCCGAACAUUCAUUCGGAUUUUUCAAGAUUAGCCAGAUGGUUGACUGGUAAAUCUGUAGGUCUUGUUUUGGGCGGUGGUGGUGCUAGAGGAUCGUCACAUAUUGGUAUGAUAAAAGCUAUUCAAGAAGCAGGUAUUCCUAUCGAUAUGGUGGGAGGAGUUUCAAUAGGAGCUUUCAUGGGGGCUCUGUGGUGCCAAGAUAGAAACAUGACGACUGUUACACAAAAAGCUAGAGAGUGGUCUAGGAAAAUGACGCAGUGGUGGCGUCAAAUACUUGAUCUAACGUAUCCAAUGACUUCAAUGUUUAGUGGUAGUGAUUUCAAUCAAACCCUUAAAGGUACCCUAGGAGAUACCUACAUUGAAGAUUUAUGGAUACCCUAUUUCACUGUCACAACUGAUAUUACUUCUUCGUGUAUGAGGAUACAUACUCAUGGGUCGCUGUGGCGCUACGUGCGCGCCUCAAUGUCACUCUCUGGCUACAUGCCUCCAUUGUGCGAUCCUCACGAUGGUCAUCUUCUAUUGGACGGAGGAUACACCAAUAAUUUACCAGCUGACGUCAUGAGAAGUAUGGGUGCCGAUCACAUCCUAGCCAUUGAUGUGGGUUCAGUAGACAAUCAAGAUUUAACAAAUUACGGUGACGUCCUAUCCGGAUGGUGGCUCCUAUGGAAACGUUGGAACCCGUUUACAACGCCUGUCAGAGUACCAAAUUUACCCGAUAUACAAUCUAGAUUAGCCUAUGUUAGUUGCGUGAGGCAACUGGAAGAAGUUAAAAAUAGCGAUUAUUGUGAAUACAUCAGGCCUCCGAUAGACAAGUAUAAAACGUUGCAGUUUGGUAGUUUUGACGAAAUUAAAGAAGUGGGUUUCUUGCAUGGCAAGGCCUAUUUUGAAGGGCAAAGCCGUGCGGGCAAUUUACCUACGUUUAAAACUGAAAGGCAUAAGUCUUCUGGCGAAGAACAGUAUACUUUCACUGAUUUAGCUCAAAUGGUUUGUAAAGUUUCUAGACCCUACGAAGAAGAAAGUUCUUCACCCAGCUCAUCAGAGACUGAAGAUGAGGACGAAGGUAGAGGUGGUUAUGCGUCAGAACCAACAGGCGGAUUCUCUAAUGUUCCGAAAGAAGAACACAGAGGGCGUCGGGCAGGCGGUUCACUGUCGUUGUCCGAAAACGAAUUGGAAUGUGACAUAGAUUUUGAUCUUAAACCAACUUCCAGUUUCACUUAA